UGUACAAGGAAAUUCUAGUAUUUCUACUUAUUUCACCAAGAUGAAAAGUUUCUGGGAUGAGCUUGAUGCUCUUAACACUUUUUCAGCUUGUUCUUGUGAUUGUGUAUGUGGUGCUAAAGAAAAAAUUGUCAAAGCUCAUCAGGAUGAAAGGCUACUUCAAUUUCUCAUGGGUCUUAAUGACACCUUCAUUGGGGUUAGAAGUAACAUUUUAUUGUCUUUCCCUCUUCCUACCAUUGGUCAAGCUUACUCUCUAGUAGUUCAAGAUGAAAAACAGAGAGAAAUACAUGAUGUUCCUAAUUACCCAACAGAGUCUGCCUCCUUUCUUGUUGGAAAUUCAGGAACUAGGAGGUUUGAUGAAUAUAAACCUAAGCCAGGGAACUUUUCUAAGAAAAACAAUCUCAUUUGUAACUAUUGCAAGAAGAUAGGUCACAUUAUUGAACAGUGCUAUAAGCUUCAUGGAUUCCCUGAUGAUUUUAAGUUCACCAAGAAUAAAAAAUACCAAAAAGGUCAUGUUGCUAACAAUGUUUUUAGUUCAUCUGAGGUUAACAGUCAUGGUGUGGAAGGUUCUACAGAUCAAACUUCACUCAGUCAGGAGAAUGUUGCUCAACUCUUGCAACUAUUACAGAAAAUGAACCAUCAAACUAGCAAUACUAGUGAUGGAUCUGCUAACAUCACUUGUGCAGGGCCCUUCAUUGAAGAGCCCUCUGGAGGUUGGUAAGGAACAAGGGGGUCUAUAUAUUUUCGAGUCUCCUCAACCAGCUGUUACUAAGAGUCUUUCUGAUCUCAGACAUGGUGAUCAAGAUGAUCUUCUCACAAAG